UUCACGAAAAUAAAUUAUCAAGAUAAAAGACUUUUCAGCUUGUUUUUCUUCGCGCAGCAGAUGCCACGUUAAUAAUCAAGGGAGUUGGGCUUGUGACAGGAUGGAUGUGGGAAGAAUUUACAAUUUUCACGCAUUUUAUUUGCUUAUCCCAUGGCUGAUAGUAGCAUUUGGAAAUGCAAUAUUACACAUGGAGCAUAGCAAACUGGGUCAUUACGUCAGAUUUGUUGAUAAGCGACUAAACGAAUCAAUUAUAGCCACGCAUCACGUGAUGUGUCACAUAGACUGCGCUAUGCUCUGCACCAGUCACCCGCGAUGCCUCUCGUUCAACCACGGAACCGUACCAGGUGGCCAAGAUGUUUGUGAACUCUUGUCCUCCGAUGGGUACAGCCAUGGAGCGUUAAACAGACUGCAGGAAAACUCUACCUUUUCCUUCUAUAGGGAAAACGAAGCCAUGGAAAGUCGGAGUUGCCUGGAUUAUCUAAAGCGAGGGAGAACAGAAGACGGAAUUUAUCUCAUCCAUACUCCAGGGGUGGGACAUCUGCACGAAGUCUUCUGUGACUUCUCCACUGAACCAGGGUGGGCGUGGACACUGCUCGUAUCCUUCGCACGGAAGCAUCGAAACAAAGACGCCUUUUGCACAGUGGGGUACACGCUAGACAGUCCAUCAAACGAAGAGACACCGAAUCUGGAAGACUUCAGAUUCUCAAAGCAACGCAUGACAGCUAUACGCGACCACUCGACGCACCUCCGAGCCACCACCAAUUACAAACCGGGGAGCGCCCUGUCGUAUAGAGACUACAUCCGCGGAAAGAUUUCCAACCUCGAUUUGACCAGUUUUACAGGAACAGAUUAUUGUAAGAAGGUAGAUUUUAUCAGUAUUCGCGGUAUUGAGGGGCGCGAUAUUCUGGUUUCUUUCUGGCAAAAUCUAAACUACCCAUUACACAUUGACCCCUCCCGUGCAACCUGCCCUUUUAAUGCAAAACAAGGAAGUCAGUAUGAUGAGAAUAACUUUGGCACUUAUUGUCUUGAUGGACAAAUGAGUACAGGGUUCAGUGGGUCGGCGACGGAGGAAAGUACCACCCAGUGGUGGUUUGGGGGCAAUGCUUAUCAUUAAAUGACCAUUUUGAAGCCCGUAACUAAGGGGGUGGUAGUGAGGGAGGGGGAAUGCUUAUCAUUAAAUGACCAUUGUUAAGCCCGUAACUAAGGGGGUGGUAGUGUGGAAGAGGAAUGCUUACCAUUAAAUGACCAUUUUGAAGCCCGUAACUAAGGGGGUGGUGGUGAGGGAGGGGAAUGCUUAUCAUUCAAUGGCCAUUUUGAAGCCCGUAACUAAGGGGGUGGUGGUGAGGGAGGGGGAAUGCUUAUCAUUCAAUGGCCAUUUUGAAGCCCGUAACUAAGGGGGGUGGUAGUGAGGGAGGGGGAAUGCUUAUUAUUAAAUGACCAUUGUUAAGCCCGUAACUAAGGGGUGGUAGUGUGGAAGAGGAAUGCUUAUCAUUAAAUGACUUUUGAAGCCCGUAACUAAGGGGGUGGUAGUGAGGGAGGGGGAAUGCUUAUCAUUAAAUGACUAUUGUUAAGCCCGUAACUAAGGGGGUGGUAGUGAGGAAGGGGGAAUGCUUAUCAUUAAAUGGCCAUUUUGAAGCCUGUAACUAAGGGGGUGGUAGUGUGGGAGGGGUCAAUGCUUAUCAUUAAAUGGCCAUUUUGAAGCCCGUAACUAAGGGGGUGGUAGUGAGGGAGGGGGAAUGCUUAUCAUUAAAUGACCAUUGUUAAGCCCGUAACUAAGGGGGUGGUAGUGAGGGAGGGGGAAUGCUUAUCAUUAAAUGGCCAUUGUUAAGCCCUUAACUAAGGGGGUGGUAGUGAGGGAGGGGGAAUGCUUAUCAUUAAAUGACCAUUGUUAAGCCCGUAACUAAGGGGUGGUAGUGUGGAAGAGGAAUGCUUAUCAUUAAAUGACCAUUUUGAAGCCCGUAACUAAGGGGAUGGUAGUGAGGGAGGGGGAAUGCUUAUCAUUAAAUGACCAUUGUUAAGCCCAUAACUAAGGGGUGGUAGUGUGGAAGAGGAAUGCUUAUCAUUAAAUGACCAUUUUGAAGCCCGUAACUAAGGGGGUGGUAGUGAGGGAGGGGGAAUGCUUAUCAUUAAAUGACCAUUGUUAAGCCCGUAACUAAGGGGGUGGUAGUGAGGGAGGGGGAAUGCUUAUCAUUAAAUGGCCAUUUUGAAGCCUGUAACUAAGGGGGUGGUAGUGUGGGAGGGGUCAAUGCUUAUCAUUAAAUGGCCAUUUUGAAGCCCGUAACUAAGGGGGUGGUAGUGAGGAAGGGGGAAUGCUUAUCAUUAAAUGACCAUUGUUAAGCCCGUAACUAAGGGGGUGGUAGUGAGGGAGGGGGAAUGCUUAUCAUUAAAUGGCCAUUGUUAAGCCCUUAACUAAGGGGGUGGUAGUGAGGGAGGGGGAAUGCUUAUCAUUAAAUGACCAUUGUUAAGCCCGUAACUAAGGGGUGGUAGUGUGGAAGAGGAAUGCUUUUCAUUAAAUGACCAUUUUGAAGCCCGUAACUAAGGGGAUGGUAGUGAGGGAGGGGGAAUGCUUAUCAUUAAAUGACCAUUGUUAAGCCCAUAACUAAGGGGGUGGUAGUGUGGGAGGGGAAUGCUUAUCAUUAAAUGGCCAUUUUUAGGCCCGUAACUAAGGGGGUGGUAGUGUGGGAGAUAAAUGCUUAUCAUAAAAUAGCCAUUGUUAAGCCCGUAACUAAGGGGAUGGUAGUGAGGGAGAGGAAUGCUUAUCAUUAAAUGACCAUUUUGAAGCCCGUAACUAAGGGGGUGGUAGUGUGGGAGGGGAAAUGCUUAUAAUUAAAUAGCCAUUUUAAGGCCCGUAACUAAGGGGGUGGUGGUGAGGGAGGGGGUGCUGUACACAGGGGAACAAAGAGGUCCGCUUUUGAGAGCAUGGACUGGGCAAGAUACCUAAAGAAAAAAAGAAAAAAUCUGUACUUUUCUAGCUUGUUGUUAGUGGACAUGUUUGGAUAUUUUUAGUAAAUCAAACACGAGUUAGUAGCAAGCCUACUUCCUACUGUAUGUUAUGCUUGAAAUAGGUGUAUGCACUUUAAGGCCUUUAAAGAACCUUUGAAUAAACAGCACUGAUCUACGUGUGAUUUUUUCUCAA